AUGGGCAAAGAUAGCGACGUACCACAGCCAGGGCCUGCGCGCCUCGCAAAGGGCGCAGGGCCGGAUGAAUGGCUGGAGCAGGCCAAGCAAUGCAAGUACCUGCCCGAGGCCGACAUGAAGCGACUAUGUGAAAUUGUCAAGGAAUGUCUGAUGGAGGAAUCCAACAUCCAACCUGUACGAACACCCGUCACAGUAUGCGGAGAUAUCCACGGCCAAUUCUACGAUCUCCUCGAGCUCUUCCGUGUCGCUGGCGGCAUGCCCAACGACUCCCCUGCCGCGCCCCUCGCACCGCCAGUCACAUUACCAAGCACAAUCAACCCCGCCGAUCUCGAGCCUCCUACCAGCAUAACAGACCCCAAGGUCAAGCGCAAGAUGAAGAGAAGAUUCCAGCGCGAUCCCAACUACACUGGGCCAACAAGUCCUCCUGGCGGCGAUGGCGAUGAAGAGGGCGACGACGAAGAGGAGGAGGAACGCGGCCGAAGCAGGAGCGUUCACGACAGGCGGAGUCUUGGCUCGGCAUCGGACGCAGACUCUACCAAGAACACAGUGGGUGGAAAUGGCCAGCAGAACUUCAUCUUCUUGGGUGACUUUGUCGACCGAGGAUACUUCAGUCUGGAGACCUUUACCCUUCUCAUGUGCUUGAAGGCGAAAUUCCCUGACCGCGUCACUCUCGUCCGCGGAAACCACGAGUCGAGACAAAUCACCCAAGUCUACGGUUUCUACGAGGAAUGUCAGACCAAAUACGGCAACGCUUCGGUAUGGAAGGCCUGCUGCCAAGUCUUCGAUUUCCUUGCCCUAGCCGCUAUCGUCGACGGAAAGGUGCUCUGCGUACACGGCGGUCUAAGUCCGGAAAUCAGAACACUAGACCAGAUCCGCGUUGUUGCGCGAGCCCAAGAAAUCCCUCACGAGGGAGCCUUCUGUGAUCUCGUAUGGAGUGAUCCGGAAGAUGUCGACACGUGGGCUGUCUCACCCCGAGGAGCCGGCUGGCUUUUUGGAGACAAGGUGUCUUCAGAGUUCAACCACGUAAACGGUCUCCAACUCAUCGCACGCGCCCAUCAAUUAGUCAACGAAGGCUACAAAUACCACUUCAAAGACAAAGACGUUGUCACCGUUUGGUCCGCACCCAACUACUGCUACCGCUGCGGAAACGUCGCCUCCAUCAUGAACCUAGGCGAGGACCUCAAGCCCGAGUUCCAAAUCUUCUCUGCGGUUCCAGAUCAUAAGCGCGCCGUCCCCGCGGGUCGUGGAGGUCGCGGAGAAUACUUCUUGUAG